GCAUGCGCAGCCGGGAUUUCUGCUUUGCAUCGCAAUUUGCAAGCUGCAGCCCUAUCAAAGGUAUAGAGACGGACGUCCGAGUGUCGGUCCAGCUAUUCAUCAAUUAUUCCACACUACUAGGAUCCCAAGGGAGGAGAUCCGUGAGGUGGAAUUUGGGUGCCAAUAAUCUCCAUCCCUCAACAUGGAGGUAUUUUCCAGAACUGCCUUGGAGCAGGAAUUAAAGAUAGAAAAGGAAGAUUCGGAUGGUCAAAAAGCAGGAAAAGGACCCAAGGCCACCCAGACAGGGAGCAGCAGGGAAUUCUGGGAAAGAGCUGAGCAGAAGAUGCUAGGAGGAGUCAAAGAGGACGCCACCAGCCCAGAUGUGCAGCACCAAAGCUUUAGGCAGCUUUGCAACCAGGAGGCUGAGAGACCCCGAGAGGUUUGCAGCCAACUCCACAGGCUUUGCUGCUGGUGGCUGAAGCCAGAAAGGCACACCAAGAAGCAGAUCGUAGACCUGGUGGUGCUGGAGCAGUUCCUGACCAUCCUGCCCGCAGAGAUGGAGAGCUGGGUCAGAGAAUGCGGUGCGGAGACCACUUCCCAGGCGGUGGCUCUGGUAGAAGGUUUCCUCCUGAGCCGGGCAGAGGAGCAGAAGCCGGAAGAGCAGCAGAUGCAAGGCCUGCUGUCAGAAGCGGCCCCUGAUUUCUCCAAGGCCAAGAAGUCUCCAUCAGACACAAGGAAGAGGCCACCGUCCAGCCAGAUCUCUCAGGAGGAUGGUGGAGCUUCCGCCUUGCUAGGUGCUGGAAGGACACAGCUCAGACAUCCUGCCCCAUCUCUCCGUUCCAGUGGGGCGGAAGAAGCUUCAAGAGGAUGGGAUCAGGUGACCUUUGAGGAUGUGGCUGUGCAUUUCACGGAGGAGGAGUGGGCGCUGCUGGAUCCGGCCCAAAAAGCCCUGCACAGGGAAGUCAUGGAGGAGAACGCUGGGAAUCUGGCCUCUCUGGAAGGUGAAAGUUGGAAGAAUGAGGAAAAACCCAGCGGAGGCAUUUUGGGAGAUACAAGAUGCGGGGAAAGAGAACAACAGAAACGAAAAACGGGAGCAAAACGGAAGAACAGCAAUGGAUCAUCCCCUUCGCAUCAUGGAACCCAACAAAUGCAGAAAGAAAGAGAGAGAAGUGUGUGUCCUCCACAUAGGAAAAAUGCCAGUUCAGAACCAGCCUCUCAACCUCAGUGGGAAAUGCGGGCAAGGGAGAAACUACAUGGAAGUUUGGAGUUUAGAAACUGCUCCAGCCAGAGUGGCGAUCUUAUUCAACACAAUAGAACCCACACUGGGGAGAAACCACAUACGUGCAUGGAGUGUGGAAUGAGCUUCCGCACAAGUGGAAACCUUCAUUUACACCAUAGAAUUCACGCUGGGGAGAAACCACAUAAGUGCAUGGAGUGUGGAAAGAGCUUCCGCUCGAGUGGAAAACUUAAUUUACACCAUAGAACUCACACAGGAGAGAAACCACAUCAGUGCUUGGAGUGUGGAAAAAGCUUCAGUGAGAGAGUAGCUGUGAAAUCACACCAUAGAACCCACACUGGGGAGAAACCACAUCAAUGCUUGGAGUGUGGAAAGAGCUUCAGCACAAGUGGAAGCCUUACUAGACAUCAUAGGAUCCACACUGGGGAGAAACCACAUGAAUGUUUACAAUGUGGAAAGCGCUUCUGCACCAAGGGAGAUCUUUAUAUCCACCUUAGAACCCACACUGGGGAGAAACCACACAAGUGCUUGGAGUGUGGGAAGAGCUUCAGUGAGAGGGGAGCUCUGAAAUCGCACCAGAGAACCCACACUGGGGAGAAACCAUAUCGAUGCUUGGAGUGUGGAAAGAGCUUCAGCACGAGUGGGAACCUUACUAAACACCAUAGAAGCCACACUGGGGAGAAACCCCAUAAGUGCAUGGAAUGUGGAAAGAGCUUCAUCCAGUGUGGAGAUCUUACUGUACACUACAGAACCCACACUGGGGAAAAACCUUAUGAAUGUCUGGUGUGUGGAAAGCGCUUCAGCCGGAGCGGAGGGCUUGCUAUACACCAGAGAAUUCACACGGGAGAGAAACCAUAUAAACUAGCCGACCAAGCGCAGAGCAGCUGCACCCCUAGUUCUCUCUGUCUCUCCCCCCACAUCAGCCCCAUUUCGUUCUCCCUCCACCCCAGUCUGUUCCCUCCCCUCCCCUAGUUCAUUCUCCCCUGCCCCCUCACCCUGCCGCCGUAGUCUCUGCCCCAGUUUCUGGUCUCCAUGGGAGGGAGCUGGUGUGAUGGGCUUCCCUGGCUGGCCCGGUGGUGCGGGACUCAGUCUUAGGAAAGAGGGUCAGUGGGAGGAAAGCUCCCUGUUAUUCGGAGGCCCUGAGGGGUUGCUUUUGCCAUACAGGUGGGGGAACUGCCUUAGGAUCCUCUCAGGCACCCCGCCCUGCCCUAACUGGAUAUUGUGUUGCCCCCUCACGGCCUUAGAGCAGCCAGCCCAGGACAGAAGCAUUCACUCAGGAGGUCGGUUGUGGUCUGUUCUCAGAAGUGCUGGAGUUGAGUCUUGGACUGCAGCCACCAGUUCUUUCUCCCUCGGCAGCCGGCGGCCAUGUUUUUCCUCUCCGUCUGGCCGGCCUGGCCUCUAGUUUGCUGCCGUCACCGUCUACCCCGCACGCUCCACUCGCCUGCCCGCUGCUGUUGUUGCCGCUGGCCACCCUCUUUCCCCCCACCCCUCUGGCCACGUCACCACUCACCAGCGUUUUGUUUCCCCACCAGCCAACUGGCCAGCCACCGCCAUUUUUUCCCCCCUCCCGGCCAUCCCCGUUGCUAUCCUGAACACUCGCGAGAGCUGCCACGCAUGGGAUUAGCGGUGGGUAUGUCUAAGAGAAAUAAAUAUAAAGAAAGAUGUUUAGAGUGUGGAAAGAGCUUCCCCAUAAGUGGAAAACUUGCUCUACACCAUAGAACUCACACUGGGGAGAAACCACCUAAGUUAAUGGAGUGUGUAAAGAGCUUCCUCCAGUGUGGUCAGCUAACUAGACAUUGUAGGACCUACACUGGGCACAAAACCACAUGAAUGUUGAGGAUAUCAAAAGAGCUUCAGGAGGAAGACAAGCCUUACUGCAGUUGAGCAAACUCCUAGAGAAUAAAAUUCACAAGCAGGAAACUGAAGACAGACUUAAGAAUCUGCCUCGCUGUAAAAUAGAAGACCUUGAGAACUUUCUUCUUUUGACUCAACUUGCUUUUACCCUUGUUAUCUUCUGAGGGAACUGGGACCCACUGUUGAUAGCUGUGUUUUGGGAUCUGUUUUUAUGAAUAAAUGAGCAUAACAUA